GAUGCGGUGUGAUUUCGGUUUAUCAUUCAAAAGUGUGUUGAAGCAUAAGCGACUUUGGUUGAGAAAAAAAAUAGAAAAGUAAAAAGUGAUGGCAGAUGAGUUCCAGGCAGGAAACGGAAGCUGGUGGGAUACCCCAAGAAUCAGCAGCACCUCGACCACUUUAAAUGCCAUCGCAAGCUACGGCUGGCCGUCGGAGAUGGCGGACAGGGACUCCGCCACCACCGCAGACGAUCAAUCUGUCAGAAUGGAAAGUAAUUUGCAAAUGAUGGGAUUAGGCCUCGAUUGGAACCAAGCUCUAUUAGAUGAAAAAGGGGAAAGGUUUCAGCCACACUUUAGUUCCAACGACAGCAGCAGCAGCAGCAGCAUCACAUCGCAGAGUUUAAGCACCUCUUUUCAGGUGGACUCCAGCGCUGCCUACGCCCUCUUGUUAUCUGAAAAUCAGCACCACUCUACCUACCAAAACCCAACCAUAUCCAAUUAUCCAUAUCCGCCGCAGCCUGGCAGUGUCGCUCCCUUCCAGAACGCGUCGACCGCCAUGACAUCGAGCUUUUUCCCGCCCUUACAAAAUCAGAUUCCAGCCUUGGAUGCCAAACCACAGGGCAAGGACCAAACGAAGAAAAACAGCACGAACAAAAGGGCGCGAAGCGAAACACCAUCGCCUUUUCCAGCUUUUAAGGCGAGGAAAGAGAACAUGGGAGACAGAAUAACGGCACUUCAACAAUUGGUCUCGCCUUUUGGAAAGACCGAUACCGCUUCCGUGCUCUCUGAAGCGAUUGACUACAUCAAAUUUCUCCACGAACAAGUCACUGCCUUAAGUGCACCCUACAUGAAAAAUGGUGCUCCCAUGCAGAAUCAUCAGCAGAAUAAUCCUGAAAAAUCGAAAGAUCUUAGAAGCCGAGGGCUAUGUCUGGUGCCUGUUUCGACCACUUUUCCGGUGACGCACGAAACAUCAGUCGACUUUUGGACUCCUACAUUUGGUGGUACAUUCAGAUAAGCAAGCAGCAUCUCACUCUAAUCAAACUCCAUGCUAAUAUCUAAGUAGCAGCUCACAGGUAGAUGAGAGAUGACAGAGAAGCAAAUGCAGAGACACAAAGACUACAUGAAAAAGUAUACUUUUUGGCCAAACUGAUGCAGCUUUGGCAAAAGAUUAGUUUGCUAGCUAGGGAACAAACUGUACGCAGAAUAUGUUAAUUAUAUAUAACCCCUGUAAUAAUUGAAGAAUUAUGAUUAAAAGUGUUGGUUAGAAAUGAUAGUUCAUGAUCAUGAAUUAGAGUAUCAAAGUUUUGUUGGUUGUAGCAAAAAAUGAGCAGAAAAGG